AUGACGAAUGCGACGAAUGAUACACGUCGCUUCGCGAGCUGGAUUAUUGCCAUACAAAUCGGGGCCGCAGCUAUCUACGCUGUCGGCAUAUUCGCCACUAAUGCAUAUAGUCCCGAAAAAUUAAGGCCAUACGAGCGAGAAUUUAUUCUGAAAAUGGAGUUCCCAUUCAACAUUAGUACAGAACUUAUUUACACAGUGGUUCAAACGGUUCAAACAUAUUACCUAUUUAUAGUCGCUUACGGUAUUACGGUUGUCAAUUCACUUCUCAUCACCUUGUGUAUCACUACACCCGAUGCCAGAGCGAUUUUGGUGAAAUCUGUAUUAUUCUUCAUCUCGAUGAACGUCGAGGCAUUUAUAUACUGCUUCUGCGGUGAACAUCUGAGCGCCAAGAGCAAAAUGAUUGGAAAUGCAGCGUACAAUUCUCGCUGGUACGAUUUUUCGACCAAAGAAAGUCGAAUUAUACUGUUCCUUAUUCUGAGAUCGCAGAAAAGAUUGACAAUCACGAGUGGAAAAGUCGUCGACCUUUCUUUAGAACGAUUUACCGGCAUCGGCUCCGCAGCUAUCUACGCUGUUGGCGUAUUCGCUACUAAUGCAUUUAGUCCCAAGAAGUUAGAGCCGUAUGCGCGAGAAUUUAUUCUGAAAAUGGAGUUCCCAUUCAACAUUAGUACUGAACUUAUUUACACAGUGGUUCAAACGGUUCAAUUGUAUCACCUAUUUGUAGUUGCUUACGGUAUUACGGUUGUCAAUUCACUUCUCGUCACUUUGUGUAUCAGCACACCCGAUGCCACAGCGAUUUUGGUGAAAUCUGUAUUAUUCUUCAUCUCGAUGAACAUCGAGGCAUUUAUAUACUGCUUCUGCGGUGAACAUCUGAGCGCCAAGAGCAAAAUGAUUGGAAAUGCAGCGUACAAUUCUCGCUGGUACGAUUUUCCAACCAAAGAAAGUCGGAUUAUACUGUUUCUGAUUCUGAGAUCGCAGAAAAGAUUGACAAUCACGAGUGGAAAAGUCGUCGAUCUUUCUUUAGAACGAUUUACCAGUUGCACCUUCCGUAGAAUAUUUUUUGAUGUAUUACAAAUGAUGUCUGAAGAUUGGCAAGUUCAUACUUCGAAUCCCUAUAACUCACGCAUAAUGACGAAUGUUGCGAAUGUUGCACGUCGCACCUCGAGAUGGAUAGUUGGCAUGCAAAUCGGUUCCGCAACUUUCUACAGUGUCGGAGUACUCGCCGCUAAUGCAAAUAGUCCCGAGAAAUUAGAGCCGUACGCGCGAGAACUUAUUCUGAAAAUGGAGUUUCCAUUCAAUAUUAGUACAGAUUUUAUUUACGCAACAGUUCAAACGGUUCAAUUUUAUCACCUAUUUUUAGUUGCCUGCGGUAUUACGAUUAUCAAUUCACUUCUCGUUACUUUGAUACUUCAUAUCUGCGGUCAAAUAGAUAUUCUUCGAGAAUGGUUGACAAAUAUCUUUUCUAAGAAUUCAACGAAUUCAUUGGACGAAAUUACAAUGCAAUCGUUAAUUAUAAAGCAUCAGCGUAUUAUAAUAUUUGCAGAAAGUAUCGAAACUCUUUAUACGUAUAUUGCAUUGAUGAUGCUCUUAUCAGACACGAUCAUUAUAUGCUGUUUAGGAUUUAUUAUAGCCACAAGCAAAAUGAUUGGAAGUGCGGCAUACGAUUCUCUCUGGUACGAUUUUUCAAUUAAAGAAAGUCGAACUUUAUUGUUUCUUAUUCUAAGAUCACAGAAAAGAUUGACAAUCACGAGCGGAAAAAUCGUCGACCUUUCUUUGGAACGAUUUACCAGUGUAAGAUUUUAUUUAUAA